CUCUGUAACAUCUGAAGGCUUAGAGUCAGAAGGAGUUUUGCAGGCGAUAUGAAGUGAUGAACCGGAAACUCGACGAACCCCUGGACUGAGCGCACUCAACAGCUGCUCGGAUCAAAUACUAAAUCUCUACCUCCAUGGCGCCCGCGCUCUGCGCCAAUUGCAAAACUGAACGGGCGCUCAUCAAACGGCCCAAGAACCACGCGAAGCUCUGCAAGGCCUGCUUCAUCACGGUCUUCGAGGACGAAGUACACCACACCAUCAUCUCGUCACAGCUGUUCCGUCUCGGCGAGAAGGUAGCUAUAGGAGCAUCCGGCGGAAAGGAUUCGACCGUCUUGGCGUCCGUUCUCAAAACACUGAACGAGCGGCAUGGAUAUGGACUUGAGCUGGUUCUCUUGAGCAUAGAUGAAGGGAUCAAGGGUUAUCGCGAUGACUCCCUGGAGACAGUCAAGCGGAAUGCCGUGCAGUAUGAUAUGCCCCUCAAAGUGGUCGGCUACGAUGAGCUGUACGGCUGGACGAUGGACCAGGUUGUCGAGACGAUCGGCAAAAAGGGCAACUGCACAUACUGCGGCGUCUUCCGGAGGCAGGCACUAGACCGCGGUGCCAAAAUGCUCGGCAUCAAGCACGUCGUGACGGGCCACAAUGCCGACGACGUGGCCGAGACCGUACUCAUGAACCUCCUACGGGGCGACCUGGCGCGUCUAUCACGAAGCACCAGUAUCGUGACAGGAGACAGCCGGUCCGAGGUCAAGAGAAGCAAGCCACUCAAGUACUCGUAUGAGAAAGAGAUUGUCCUCUAUGCCCAUCAUAAGAGACUCGACUACUUCAGCACUGAGUGCAUCUACAGCCCAGAGGCGUUCCGCGGCAGCGCAAGAGGGCUCAUCAAGCAGCUUGAGAGAGUGCGCCCAACAGCCAUUCUAGACAUUGUCCGAAGCGGGGAGGACAUGGCGAGAUUAGUGCUUGGAGAGUCGACAUCGUCCUGCGCGUGCAAGGGACAAAAGAGCGCCGGGCUGGCGUUUUUGGAGGACGACAUUGGUGGAUGUGGUUCACAGAACGGCCGCACACCUGGAGGCGAGAUGGCUGCCAUGGACAAGCAGCUGAGGGAGAACGAGGCACACGAAGCCCUCGAAGUCGACAUCGUAAAGGCGAUGUCUGAGAACAAAGUUGGGAGCGAGAAAGAAAGGGAACUUCCCAUCAGGAGCAGUAAUGGUACUUCCAGGGGGCCGGCUCGGCAAGUCCUUGGGAAUUGCAAGCGUUGCGGUUACAUGUCGAGUCAAGAGAUUUGUCAGGCUUGCAUGCUGCUGGAAGGCCUGAACAAGAAUCGCGCUCAGAUACAAAUCUAGCAUUUUGUACAUUGGGGAUGUGCUGAGAAGCUAGAAUAUCGUGGCUGGGUUGUUUAUGAGCGAAGGUGCCUAGUGGUUUUCGUCGCCUCAAUGGCCGCAGCGCUUGUCUCGUAUUCGCUCUCUAUGACAUUCUCCGCUCGACUCUCCAAGGGUUGUUUAAUUCAAAUCCGGGCGGCGCUAUCGGAUUGUCUGUUUGGCC